CUCUGCUUAUUUGGCAAGGAUUUCAGCCCCUGACAAGAAAACAAGAACAGAGGAAAACAGCAUUGCCUUCUUAUUCUGCCUCCACCUGUCAUUCCAUAGUUACUGCAUACUUCCUUUAAGGCAGCAACUUGCCUAUCCAUGACUAAUCAGAUGAAUCAUGUUUCCAAGUGGGAUGGUGGCUUUCCCAUUUACGAGAUCAAGAUUCAGUGAAAAUAUCAACCCAGUUGGGCAGCUGCUCAGAAGGAAAAUGUCAAUGUAGGGAUCGUUUGGAAAAGGAUCACUGAUGGUCAUGGAUUAAAACCAGGGAUUGUUGAUGAGCAAAAAGACAGCCAAGGAGACAGGCAGACUGGAAGGGAACAGCUGCCAAGGAACCAGGGAGGGCCAGUGGCUAAGCUGGGAGCAUGGAGGAGAGGAACAAGGAGAAGAUGAACCAGGCCCAUGUCCUCUUUGACCGAUUUGUCCAGGCAUCAACCUGCAAAGGGACUCUGAAAGCCUUCCAGGACCUAUGUGAUUAUUUAGAACUGAAGCCUAAGGACUAUCGUACUUUCUACCACAAGCUCAAGUCCAAGCUCAAUUACUGGAAAGCUAAAGCCCUUUGGGCCAAGUUGGAUAAGAGAGGCUGCCACAAAGACUACAAGAAAGGAAAAGUAUGCGCCAACACGAAGUGUCUCAUCAUUGGGGCUGGACCCUGCGGCCUUCGAACAGCCAUUGACCUCUCCUUUCUUGGAGCAAAGGUGGUGGUGGUAGAAAAGCGUGAUGCCUUCUCUCGCAACAAUGUUCUCCACUUGUGGCCAUUUACUAUCCAUGACUUGCGGGGCCUUGGCGCCAAAAAAUUUUAUGGCAAAUUCUGUGCAGGAGCCAUUGACCAUAUCAGUAUUCGUCAGCUCCAGUUGAUACUCUUGAAGGUCUCCUUAAUCCUGGGUGUUGAAAUCCAUGUCAAUGUAGAAUUCCAGGGACUUCUCUACCCUCCUGAGGAUCAGGAGAAUGAGAGGAUAGGUUGGCGGGCGCAAGUUCACCCAAAAACACAUCCUGUGUCAGAAUAUGAGUUUGAUGUGAUCAUUGGAGGAGAUGGAAGGCGCAACACUUUGGAAGGUUUUCGACGAAAAGAGUUCCGUGGCAAGCUGGCAAUUGCCAUCACAGCAAAUUUCAUCAACCGCAAUACCACAGCAGAAGCCAAAGUUGAAGAGAUCAGUGGUGUGGCCUUUAUAUUCAAUCAGAAAUUCUUCCAGGAUCUGCGAGAAGCUACAGGCAUUGAUCUGGAGAACAUUGUCUACUACAAAGAUGACACCCACUAUUUUGUCAUGACUGCCAAAAAGCAGAGCUUACUGGAUAAAGGAGUAAUAUUACAUGAUUAUGCAGACACCGAGCUGUUACUUUCGCGGGAGAAUGUGGACCAGGAGGCUUUGCUCAAUUAUGCCAGGGAAGCAGCCGACUUCUCAACUAAUCAGCAGCUGCCAUCUCUGGACUUUGCCAUCAACCACUAUGGACAGCCUGAUGUAGCCAUGUUUGACUUUACCUGCAUGUAUGCCUCAGAGAACGCAGCCAUGGUUCGAGAAGUGAAUGGUCACCAGUUGCUCGUGGCUUUGGUUGGAGACAGUCUAUUAGAGCCAUUCUGGCCAAUGGGAACUGGAAUAGCCAGGGGAUUUCUUGCUGCCAUGGACUCUGCCUGGAUGGUACGAAGCUGGUCUCUGGGAACAAGCCCUUUGGAAGUCCUUGCAGAGAGAGAGAGUAUCUAUAGGUUGCUGCCUCAGACCACUCCUGAGAAUGUGAGCAAGAAUUUUAGCCAGUACAGCAUUGAUCCUGUCACUCGGUAUCCAAACAUCAAUGUCAACUUCUUGCGGCCAAACCAGGUGCGUCACUUGUAUGAUACAGGAGAUUUGAAAGACAUACACCUGGAAAUAGAGAAUUUGAUGAACUCCAGGACACCAAAGUUAUCAAGGAAUGAAUCAGUGGCUCGCUCUAGUAAGCUCUUGGGCUGGUGUCAGAGGCAGACGGAUGGAUAUGCUGGUGUAAAUGUAACCGAUCUUACAAUGUCUUGGAAGAGUGGCCUAGCACUGUGUGCCAUUAUCCAUCGAUAUCGCCCUGACCUCAUAGACUUUGAUUCUCUAGACGAACACAGUGUAGAGAAGAAUAACCAGCUGGCAUUUGACAUUGCUGAGAAGGAGUUUGGAAUCUCUCCAAUCAUGACUGGCAAAGAUAUGGCAUCAGUUGGUGAGCCAGACAAGUUGUCCAUGGUCAUGUAUCUCACACAGUUCUAUGAAAUGUUCAAGGACUCCCUCCCUUCCAGUGACAAUCUGGAACUGAAUGCAGAAGAAAAAGCUGCUUUAAUUGCUAGCACCAAAUCCCCAAUCUCAUUCUUCAGCAAAUUGGGCCAGAGCAUCUCUCGGAAACGAACACCAAAGGAUAAAAAAGAGAAAGAUCUAGAUGGUGCAGGAAAGAGGAGAAAAACAAGCCAGUCAGAAGACGAAGACACUUCCAGAAGCUACCGAGAAGAGAGGCCCACCCUGGUUAGUGCCCUGACGGAGAGAAGAAUUGAUGCUGCCAUUGGGAAUCAGAAUAAAGUGAAGUCCAUGGCAACACAGCUGCUGGCCAAAUUUGAGGAGAAUGCCCCUGUACAGUCCUCUGGCAUACGAAGACAGCCUUAUCAAGAACGUGCUCUCAGCCAUCCAGCCUACCGACAGAGAGAGCAGGGUCGCCUUGCCCCAAUACCUCAGUGGAAACAGAUGAGGAAAAAGGAACGUUCUCGGACCUGCCCCAAAAAAGUGAUCAUGCUCACUUCCUCCUCCAUUUGCACUUCCUCUCCAUGGUAUCCCAGUUAUCAGAGAAACAAGGAACUUCAUGCAGACCGAGCUGGAAAACAGAGUCCCAGCCAGCAAAGGAGACCACAUCAGUUCUCUUCAGAUGACCGUGUGCCAGAGCGCACGCUUACCAUUGAGCAAAGGGCAAGCCAGCUGGCUGCCCUCCUGGAGCAAAGGCCAACAACCAGGCAUCAGCCAGAGACUGAGCGAUCUCGUCGAUCUGUGGUUGAACAGUGGGAGCUCUCCUGUAGCCUCCGCUCUUCCAGCCGCCCUUCUUCUCCUUCAUCUGAUUCCUUCAGACAGAAGUAUAUAAAGAUGUAUACAGGAGGCGUGAGCUCAUUGGCUGAGCAGAUAGCCAAUCAGCUUCAAAGGAAGGACCAGCCUAAAACCCUUCUAGACAAGAAGGAACUGGGUUCAUUGAAAAAGGAGUUCCCUCCAAAUUUGGGAGGCAGUGACGUCUGUUUCUUCUGCCACAAGCGGGUCUAUGUGAUGGAAAGGUUGAGUGCUGAAGGCAAAUUUUUCCACCGCAGCUGCUUCAAAUGUGAAUACUGUGCCACCACUCUGCGUUUAUCAUCUUACGCCUAUGAUUUGGUGGAUGGAAAAUUCUAUUGCAAGCCUCACUACUGUUACAGACUUUCAGGUUAUGCACAGAGGAAGAGACCAGCAGUGGGCCCUCUGUCAGGAAAGGACAACAAAGGGACCCAGCAAGACAACAUGGCGGCUGAUGGUGCAGGACGUGCAAACUCCAUCUCUUCGUCAUCAGAGAGGACCCCAGCACCCAGUGUAAAUGGCCUAGAGGAACCCAGUCUCGCCAAGAGAUUGCGCGGCACACCAGAACGAAUUGAACUGGAAAAUUACCGUCUCUCAGUACAACGGGAAGAGGAAUUAGAAGAGGUCCCUGAAGAGACAUUGGCGGAGCACAAUCUAAGCAGCGUGCUCGACAAAGGAACAGAAGAGGAUGUGCCUAGCAGUAGUUCAGAAUCUGAGAUGGAGGAGGAAGAGGAGGAGGAAGAGGAUGAAGAGCAGCCACAGCAACCGACUUCUGAUCUGGGAGGAGUGCCUUGGAAAGAGGCUGUGCGGAUUCAUGCCAUGUUAAAGGGCAAGAGCGAGGAAGAGCUGGAGUCUGAGAAAAAUCAUGACAAAGAAGAGGAAGAGGAGGAGGAAGAGGAAGAAGAAGAGGAAGAAGAAGUAGAGGAGGAAGAGGAGGAGGAGGAGGAGAGAGAAGAAGUCUCCAGUGAAGAGGGAGAGUAUUACCCUUGGGAGAGAGAACUUCAGCAAGGCCUCUGGCUUCAACGUCUUUCCAGUGAAGAGGACACGGGUACAUUUAAAGCUGGAAACCUGAGGCUGCAACAGAUAGUAAAUCCGAUUGAUCCCUUGGAGAUCUUGGCAGAUGUGCAUUGGACACACAUCCGUCAGAAAGAGGAGGAGGAAAAAGUGGGCCCUACGUCUAUGUCCUCCACCUCCAGAGCAUCUGACCUUCCUUCCCUACGCCAUGAUGCAGUGCAGGCGUGGCUGGAUGCAGCCCCAGGAGCCCUGUGUGAGGAGAAUGAUUAUGAGGAUGAAGUGGGCAGUGAGCCUGCAGAAGCUUUUGAAGAUGGAGACACAGGUGCCGAGCUGGAUGAUGAUGACAUCCCAUCUGAUGCAGAAGCAGAAUGCCGCCUCCAUCAAGAGGAGCCUGAAGACCUGAAGCUGAAAGUCUCUGAAGACAAAGAGUUAGAGGCAGAGACAGCUGCCCCGUGCACUGUAACUGAAGAUCCCUACAAGCCUUGUCAGCCGGCUGAGUCACCAUGUGAGAGGGUUGUUUCUCUUUCUCCAACUGGUAACCACACGGAAAAACAGAAAGAGGACUCAAAGGAACAUCUUGUGACCAUGCCCUGCAAAGAGAACUCCUCAGAUACACACUUUUUCCCUGAGCCAUUCCUCCCAGAAGACAAGAAUGAAAAACAAGACAAGAGCCUUGAUGAUGAAAAAGUCAAAAGUCCACCUGUCUCACUCUCUCCAAUUCGGUCCCAGCCAGUUGCUCUGCCUGAGGCCAUUGCACCACCAUCACCCAUGAAAUCACAACCAUCUUCACCCACUGUACCUACAUCUCCACCUGCUACCCCUCUGCCUAUUUGUUCACAGCCUUUGCCCUCUGGUGAAGCAUCAAUUCCAUCUCCAAGGGAGCCACCAGUGUGUUUUCAACCAGUCCCAGCAUUAACUUCCACUCCUUUGGCCAAACUUGCCCUAAAAAGUCAAGAUGGAGAGAUGGAAAAACUUCCAAGUCCUACGUCAGCAGAAGAGGCUUUGAAAAGGAGUAACCUUGUGGAGGAAUUUUGGAUGAAGAGUGCUGAAAUCCGGAGAAGUUUGGGUCUUACCCCCGUGAACAGAAGCAGGGGAUCAGACCCAAGCUUUACCAUCUCACCCCUUGAAUCUUCCCCUCUUAAAUCUUAUACUCCUGAUGGUGUUCCAGAAGACAAAAGUAUCCACCUUGUAAAACCACAGCCAGCCCCAAGGAAGCCACUCACCCCAAAGCUUGAUGAGCAGUUUUCUUUGCUGACACCAAAGUCUCCAUCAGAGAGAGAGCUGAAAAAUUCAAAUGAUGUUAAAAGAGAUUUGUCCAGCAGUUCUGGACUAGGUCUUCAAGGCAGUUCAUCCAACAUGAGGACAUUGGCCAGCCAAAGUUUCAAUACUUCUGAUUCCACUAUGCUUACUCCCCCAUCCAGCCCUCCCCCACCACCACCUCAGAAUGAAGAGCCAGCAACGCUGCGAAGAAAAAGGCACCAGGCAACUUGGCAGAAUGAAGCAGAGUCUAGGCCAGCUUCCAUGCAAACACCGCACACACCACCAGUAAAUGAACAGAUCCGACCAGCCAAGGACUCAUCCCAGCCUCCCAGAGAGGAAGUGAGGAAGUCAUUUGUGGAGAGUGUGGAUGAGAUACCAUUUGCUGAUGAUGUAGAGGACACUUAUGAUGAAAGGACUGAGGAUACAAGCCUUCAUGAAAAAUAUUACACACCACCCAGCAGGCCAAGGCCAGAGAAGCCUCUUCACCUUCAUUUGGUUAAAGAAAAUGGUGGGCUACCAUCAAUGGAAGGAGGAAGUCAGCAAAAGAGAGGCCUCCCUCAAGUCUCUGCAGAAGCUAAAGAACUAGCUGAGGAGAGAAUGAGGGCCAGAGAGAAGUCUGUCAAAAGCCAAGCCUUGCGUGAUGCAAUGGCUAGGCAGCUCUGUAAAAUGAAAGAUCUGGAGAAGGCCAAUGCUGCUGGCACUGCCAAACUGUGCAAAGCAUCUACCUUACCCUCAAAGACCAAAGAGAUGUUUUUUGAGUCCCCUAAACAUUUGGGUAUGAAAGCUGGGGAAGGUCACACGCUGAAACAUGAGGGUAGUAGUGACAGGUUCUUCUCACCUUUUGCAGACAUCAGUGGACAUGAUGGGUCAGUCACAUCCUCAGAAGGUUCUGGUGGAAAGAGUAAGAAAAGGACUUCUCUUUUUUCUCCUCGUAAGAACAAAAAGGAGAAGAAGUCCAAGAACGAUAGCAAGCUCUCUGACAAAUCCAGUAGUGCAGCUGAGGAAGCCACCAAACCCAAAUCAUUGUGGAAGUCUGUAUUCUCUGGUUAUAAGAAAGACAAGAAGAAAAAGACAGAUGAGAAAUCUUGUCCUAGUACACCUUCCAGUGGAGCCACAGUGGAUUCUGGGAAAGUUAAGGCAUCUCCAUUGAUUAGAGCAACAGAUUUACAAAUGCGACGACACUUAAGCUUCUCUGAGGAUUCUGACCUUUCCAAUGAUGAUGUAUUGGAACGCUCAUCACAGAGAUCCAAGCGUGAGUCGAUUUACGUACCACACGCCUUGGCAUUCAAGAGAUCAUACGCAUCAAAGAAAGCAUAUACGGAGGAUGAGCUUAACGCCAAACUGACCAGACGAGUGCAGAAAGCUGCUCGCCGCCAAGCCAAGCAGGAAGAACUGAAAAGAUUACACAGGGCUCAGAUUAUCCAACGGCAACUGGAACAAGUAGAAGAAAAGCAGAGACAGCUUGAAGAAAGGGGGGUUGCUGUUGAGAAGGCUCUUAGGGGUGAAGCAGACUAUUGGGGAGAGUCUUAUUACAGUGACCUCAUCGACUUGCACCUGGGUGUUGAGCCCAAUGCCGGGACACCACGCCGUAGACCUCUCUCCUUCUGCCCUUGCUGUGCCCACGAAGGCAUGGGGAAGAAGGAUGACCCCAAGUUGAUGCAGGAGUGGUUCAAGCUGGUGCAGGAGAAAAAUGCCUUGGUGCGCUAUGAGUCGGAGCUGAUGAUAUUUGCUCGGGAGUUGGAGCUUGAGGACAGGCAAAGUCGGCUACAGCAAGAACUUCGGGAGAGGAUGGCAGUAGAAGACCAUCUGAAGACAGAUGAUGAGCUCUCAGAGGAAAAGAGAAUCCUGAAUGAAAUGCUAGAGGUGGUGGAGCAGAGGGAUUCUCUUGUGGCCCUCCUAGAAGAGCAGAGGCUCCAGGAGAAGGAAGAAGACAAGGAUCUGGAGGCUGUUAUGCUAUCCAAGGGAUUCAACUUGAACUGGUCUUGAACUCCAUGCCAUACUCAACUGCUGAUCUGCAUCAUCCAGCUGGCAUAUGCCACAUUGGCCAGAGCUGUCUGGUUGAAGGAGAUGUCUUCAUGCAGGAACCUCUUGAGAGCUCCUGCAGCACCUGACUGCUUGAGUGAGCAGCUUCUUGCUGAGAGGAGUUGGUUAUAAAGGUGCUGAGGCCUGUGUGAAGUCUGAGGUGAUGGCUGGAGGUUGCGUGCCUUCCUCAAGGACCUGUGUGAGAGGCCAUUGAGUUUUUGUGACCUCUGGGAGAGGCUAAAAAAAGAGAGGUUUUUUUUUAAAGUUAACCAAUCUCAGUGGUGCGUAGCGUAUCUGUUUCAUAUUUACACAGGUAGUUGUGUUCUUGUUUUUGUUCGUUUGCUUGGUUGAAAUACAUCAGCUGCUCUCUUUUGAGACAUCACCUUGCAACAACCUUUGAAUGAGCAACUUAUUCACUGCUCCAGAGCACGUUGUGUUACAUGUUGAAGGUUCUCCUCACCAAAGAAGCCUGAAGCUGCCAUUAUUGUCUGGGCAUGGAGAAGACAGAGAGGAUUGGAAACUUGGAAGGUUCAUUGACUUGAAGUACUUAUCCCUUAUAGUUUCUACAAAUGACACAGGUGGGCUUACUUUCAUCACUGUAGCCUCUGUGAGUUGCCAUUGUUCUGAAGGGGGACCAGUGUUUAGCCAUUCCCUCUCUGCCAUGUAUUUCACUAGACUGAAGAGGAUUGUUUUCCUUUCUCCAUUGUCAUGAGACUGCUCCAUUGUGAACUUUGUGCUCAUUUGGACACUGGAACACGAACAUAGGUUAAUUGAGAAACAUUUCAAGGGAGCUCUUAGAUGAAAGCCCCCUGCUUCAACUCCGCUCCCUCAUGGACCCUUGAAGAUUGAUCUGUGGGUCUUUUUGUUCUUGUGUAUUGGGGAUGGGGGGAUUUUUUCUUCUUUUUUGCACGUUGGAAAUGAAGCAAAACUCCUACCCUGGCCCUUUAGUCACUUUAGACCCUUUAAUAUCCAUUAACUUAUUUUUAAUACUUGAAAGAAGAUUUGGUUUUGUACCUUUUUAAGAAGUGUGCAGACGAAUGAGUGGUGAAUCUGUGUGCCUGCUGCAUCCCUCAACUUCUGUGUUUGUUUUUAAUUUGCUGAUCCCCCUUCCUUUCUAUCUAUUUAUUAGAGUUCUUAUUAAUGGCAUUACUGUUAAAACACUACAUUUGAUCCUGGAGAGGAGAUGCUUUUAAGUUCCAGGCAAGUGAUUCUACUUGGGCCUUGAACCUGCACUACAUUGAAGGGUUUCUUCUUGAUAAACUCCUGCAUCCUCAUGGAGUGGGAGGCUAAGAAUCUGAAAGCAAUGAAGACAGAUUUAUUUCCUGUACAUCAUAAACUUUCUUGUCUGUUUCCUAAAGUUGGACAAAGUCAUGCUUGUUUUGUCUACUGCUGUCAUGUUUCUGUGACUAGAAUGGUGGCAAUACCACUCUUCCCUUGUAGUACCUUAUAGUCUGCCUGCAAGAAAAGGAUUAGCACAAAUCCCACUGGUUCAUGUUCCUGAUUUCCUCCAAUUUGUCUUGGGAAGGGAAUUGAUGGUCCUGUCCCAGUGUAACAGCAAAUAGGACACAACAAAGAAUUAUCUAUCACCAGCUGAGAUGUUCUAUAAGCACACUAUGUCCUUCACCAUAACUUUCUUAAAGAUGCCAACCUGCAGCUCUUAGAAGGUUUCAUUCUUAAUUUUAAAAAAAAUCCUUGUUGAUUUAGUAUAUAUUUAAAAGGUUGCUGUUUAUUUAUACCCUAUACAUUAUUAAGCAAAGCAGGAUGGUCUCUAAAGUGAAUUGUUUGUAUCAGCUAAGAUUGCUAGAUUUAAUACAUUACAAGGUUCCUGUGUUGGUAAUCAAACAGAAGAGAGAACUUCUGCAGAUUCAGCUUCUCCCAGCAUUGCAGCAAUCUGACAGGAAAAGAUAAUCCUGCUGACAUUCUCCUUGCUACCCAGUUAAAGAUGUGGGGUCUCUGUCAGCCUAGCAACAGCAAGAGUACUUCAAGGUUUGCUAGCCAGAGUCUGAUUAAUUAUAGUCUCCAGUCUUCUUUUUUGUUGUCAACAGCAAGGGAUUGUACCCUUUCCUGUUUUGGAGGCCUUAAUUUCAAUUUUUUUUAAUUUUUUAAAAAUAGUAUAUCUGCUAUAAUUUAAUGUUCAUCAUUAGAGGCCUUUCUUUCUGGAAAGCCUCAAGUUCCAGAAAACUAGACAGGUCUAGCUUAAAUGCAUAUGUUCUUUUCACUUUCAGCUAGCAAGGAGGGAUUUCCCUCUUAGUUCUGUUCAAAAUAAUGUAUCCAGAUGGAAAAGAGGAUUGCAUGUUGUUACUCACAUUCAAGGAACUGGACUAGAGUUCUUCAAGGACCUCACUCAUAAAUAUUCAUGCAUCCCAGCAAAGCAACAGGGAAAAUCAAGUCUUUUCCCUUCCAGACUAAUACUCGCUCACAUGGCAAGUUGGAAAACCUGUCUGUGAAUGGCUUGCCUGUGCCUUUCAUAGCAGCCUGGCAAACAGGUUAACUAUUUUGUUGUGCCAUUUCAGUGCUGUGACUGCUAAACAUGCCUGGCCACUUUGCAUCUUCAGGCAUCAAGGUACAAUGUACCCAUAUUUGGGGGGAAUGCAAGACCUGUGGUAAUUCUCAUUCAAGGUAUGACCAUCAUCUUCCUUUAUGUAACUCUGAUUUCUUUUAUUGGAUUGAAGUAGUCAUUGCAUUUCCUAACACUACAAAAUAGCAGAUAAACAACUAGACCAAAACUAGAUGUACAAGGAGAUAAUGUACAGCUGCUCCUUAGGAAGCUUUGUAGGAUCAAACAAAUAUUACGCCUUUGGUUAACCAAUGUUUCUUGUCUUCAGAAUCAGUUUAUGCCCCCCCCCCAAAAAAAUAUGUGCUUCAUUUUUUUAAAAUAGCCUUUUUGAAUUGAUGUUUUUUUUUGGGGGGGGGUUGUAAAGCAGUUCUUUUCAUUUCUCCUGCAAUUGGUAACAGUCUUAAUCCUCCCCUACCCAGUAAUAAACUCUGAACUGAAGCAAUAAAAUAAUAAAUCAGGAGGUGGUAUCCCUCCUAUCCUAGUAGGGACUAUCAGUAAAAAUCCUGUUUGUGUUCUGAACAUGAUUGCAAACAGAAAACUGUUGGCAGUCAUAUAUAUGGGAUAUGCAUCUUUUUGGUUCUUUCUGCAAAAUGUUGUGAAAUUAAUUCUUGUCUCUCAGUCUAUACUUAAAUUGGACAAAUCCUCUUCUUGCCGAAAGAGAAUUAUAGAACAGCAUCCCCCAAACUGCUGUCCUCCAGAUGAGUAGGACUAAAACUCCUGUAAAUUUUAUCUAAUUUAGAGAGUUGUCAUGGAUGUUGGAAAUUUUAUUCCAAAAUAUCUAGAGGUUACCAGGUUUGGUCUAGAAAGAGAAAGAAUGGAGCAAUGUUUUAAAACUCUAAUCUACCCAAUUUUUACAAGCAUGUUGAAGUAGAUCAGGAAGGUCCUGAAGGAGACUGGCAAAAUUCAUAACAAAUAUAAGAGUGGAGCAAGAAGGAUUUAUGUGCUCAUGGACUCAUGCCUGUUCAUAACAUGCAGAAAGAAGAAGAUAAUAUGAAUUCACUUAUGUUGGAACAUCAGUCAUCAGUUUCCACAUCCCUUAGAAUUCAGUAGAGAGAGACUGUCAUAAAAGACAGAACUGACAUUAAGCUGCUGUAUGUCUAUGAUGUGGCUAAGUCUUAUAGCUAGUUCAAAUUUAGUGUUUACUAAUUCUCAUAUGAAAGGCAUUGUAUGGCUUAUAUCCACCUUUGCCAACUGGGUGACCUCCAGAUGUGUUGCAGCUUCCAGAAUCUCCUAGCCAUUAUUACAGACCAACACACCUAGAGGGCACCCACUGGGUGGGGGAAAUCUAGUUUACAUUUUUGCUGUUCUGAAUGCAGUCGGUUACAACAGAACUGGGAACAUGCCUCUUCCUUGUAAGGUGGUAGAAACAAAGCUAGUUUCCAUGCAUUUUUAUACUUGGGGUUUAUUUGCUGUCAAGAAGGUAAGAACUGUGUCCCUCCAGAUGUUUGCAGAUAUAACUCUCUUCACCUCUAACCAGGAUGGCCAGUGGUAAGGGAUAAUGGGAAGUGUAGUCCAAAAGCUUAUGUAAGACCACAGUUGGCCACCACAGGCACACAUUCUUGUUCCUUUCCAGACUGCUUAAAUAUAGCCCCUUGUGCAACGAAGAGAACAACCUCUCUCAGAAGUAGUACAUUUUAGCUUCAAAACUACUUAUUUCUGCUCAUCCACCUUUAGCUCAAACUUCAGUUUGGUAGCUGAGACCUAAACAUGCAGACAAGACAAUUACUCUAAAGCCAAGGCUGGUGGUACCAGGAACAUUGACUGCAUGUCCUCUGUUGUAAUACUUUGUAUUCACCGUGCUCAACUUUACAGUCAAAACAGGAGGGUUUUUUGUUUUUAAAUGCAGUGUCAGGCUCUCCUUUUAGGACGUGGUGCUAAUGCAGAAGUAACAAGCACACAUUGUACCCUCUGGGUUUUUAAUCUGUUUAAUGUUUUUUAAAAAAUACAUUGUGAUCCAGAGCAUUUUUAAGCAUCCACAGUUACAUCUAGAAUUGCAUGAUCAUCUGCUACCACCUAAGGCUAAGAAGAUAGCAAACUCCCAACCUGCCACUCCUUCAGAUUGGAUCUAAGAAAAAUUAUUUAACAGAAUGUUUACAUUUGAACUCUGAAAGGAAAGCAAUGUGUUUGUUUUCCAGCGUCCUAUAUUUUAAAAAAAGAAAGAAAUUGCUGUGAGUUGGGAAUGUUAUUUGCAAUUUUUUUAAAAAAAAUGAAACAGCUUGCUUGAUAUUAAAGAGAUCAGAAGGGAUCAUGUACAGAUGGUGUUGCCGUAAUUUAAUUUUUAAAAAAAUAUAUAGAAGUAUGUAUGUGAAAUCCAGUCUAGAUGAAGGGAUUUAAUGUGGUAUGUUCCCCUUGGGACAGGUGGGAACUCUGAUAUUCAGACUGUUUUAUAGUUGGCCUGUGUGCAGUGUAACAGGAAAUUGUGUACUGUACUUUUUUCAUGUUUAAAACUUCCUCUAAUCCCCACCUACCCUCUCUGACUUCCCAUUUUGUUGCAUUUCAUUAUGUUUGUUCUUAUGCACUCUUGCUUUGUUGGUGUUGAGAUUUUAGCACCUCAGGUCGCCAGCGGAACUAAAAAAAAGAGAGAAAAUAAAAUCAUUAAUUUUUUUCUUA